GUCAAAGGGUGAGCUCAGCAAUAAUGGCUGCCCCCAUAAAUGACAUGUUUUCUUUCUGCGUUGAGCCUAGCAGAGUUUGCAGUUAUGUGGAGGUUCGCCCAGUGGACAAAAUUAAGGGAAAAGGUCUGUUUGCCAAAAAGAUCAUCUGGAAAGGAGAAACCAUCUUUGUAGAGCGCCCCCUGGUGUGCGCACAAUUUCUCUGGAAUGCCAAGUACAAUUACCGAGCCUGUGAGUACUGCCUGAGGUCUCUGGAAACUGCUGAAGAGAAUGCCAGGCGUCUGAGUGGUCUCCCCAGCCUCCUGCUGCCCCACCCAGAACAGUGCCUGGUGCAGCCUGAGCGGCACCUGCCGUGUCUUCAGUGCCAGGUGGUGUACUGCAGCAGCGAGUGUCGGCAGGCUGCUUUGGAGCAGUAUCACAAGGUUCUGUGCAUGGGCCCGUCCAGAGAAGACCCAGAGCACCCUCUGAACAAGCUACAGGAGGCAUGGAGGAGCAUCCAUUACCCCCCGGAGACCUGCAGCAUCAUGCUGAUGGCUAGAAUGGUGGCCUCUGUAAAGCAGGCGCGAGAUAAAGGCCAUUGGCUCAAUCUCUUCUCGCAGUUCUGCAGUCGCACUGCGAACGAAGAGGAGGAAAUAGCCCACAAGCUGCUGGGAGAGAAGUUUCAGGGGCAGUUAGUGCUGCUGCGGAGCCUCUUCGCUACAGCCUUGUAUGAUGACAACCUGAGCCGGUGGUUUACUCCUGAGGGCUUCCGGUCCCUCUUUUCCCUUGUGGGAACCAACGGACAAGGCAUCGGCACCAGCUCCCUCAGUCAGUGGGUCCAUGGCUGUGACGCACUGGAACUGCCUGCCCAGCAGAGGGAGCAGUUGGACGCCUUCAUCGACCAGUUGUACAAGGACAUUGAGAAAGAGACUGGAGACUUCCUGAACUGCGAGGGAUCUGGUCUCUACCUGCUCCAGAGCUCCUGUAACCACAGCUGCCUGCCGAAUGCUGAGGCCUCUUUUCCUGAGAACAACUUCUUUCUUCACCUCACAGCUCUCUCUGACAUCAGACCUGGUGAGGAGAUCUGCAUUAGCUACCUGGACUGCUGUCAGCGAGAGAGGAGCCGGCACAGUCGUCUGAAGAUCCUGAGGGAAAAUUAUCUGUUUACAUGCUCCUGUCCGAAAUGUGCGACCCAGAUGGACGAGCCUGACGUGACCUCUGAGGAGGAGGAGGAAGAUGAAGCAGAGGGUGAUGUGGAGGGUGAUGAACUGGAGGAUGAGAUGACAGACGUAUGACGGGAGGAUGUGUCCUCACCCAGUCUUAGCGGGUCCUUCUUCAUGUCCUCCUUCAUGGUGCUUUGUAGGGGUCUACAUGGUGAGGUUACCCUCCUCCCCCAGUUAUAGACCUGUGACCCCUAUAUUAGACACGAUACCCCUCAUUCUAGGUCAGAUCUGCCCCCUUAAUCGACUCAAUCUUCCUUGCUUGUGCAGGAAGCUCAUCUGUUCUGGGGUUCAAUUUCACAGCACAUUUUGAACCUUCCCGUCAUUGUCCCUGACCACCAGGGUCAAAUCCUUUCCACCGUUGUCUUUCUCUCCCCUCUUCAGUUCACGUAUUCUGUCACACAACAUAUCCAAUGAAGAAAAGCUCCAAGGAUUCAGUCCAUCUCCAAGGCUUUGCUCUGUGGGCUACACAGUGGUACAGUAGCAAUAAUGCAACGAUUCGGUGACAUGACCAUCUUCUGAUCUCGGCUUCUACUAAGCUCUAGAAGCAUGACCUGCUUUGGCACAAAUACAGUCUCAAAUUAUCCUCAAGAUAUAACCGAGGUGGCUGAUGAUGUCUUAAAAUCAUCUGGUCGGACACCAGCUGGAUGCAUUCAGAUCUGCAUUGCAACAGAGUAAAACUAGGCUUUUGAUAGAACAAACUUUGACACCUCUGUAUGUUAAAUUCAACCUUACAGCAAUCCUGUAAAGCUACAAGAACCUAAUUUAAGGUUUUUUUUCCUCAUUGAUGUUGUAUAUGGCAUGCCAAUCAUUGGCAUUAAAGUACAGGAAUCAUUGUUUUAGUUCUGAAGGCGGAUAUGACCUCUGGUCUCUCUGAGGGCUGCUAAUACUUCCAACCACAAGAUGGCAGUGUGGCUGAAGAAGGCUUGUAUCAGGUGCCAUCAGUCUUUGUUGUGGAGACUGGGGGUUUUCAGGUUCUGGCCUGUGCAAUAAUUUAAGGAACACCAGUAUAUGUUGUUGGUAACAAUCUGUGGCUGACAUUUUUAUCUCUGCAGCUAUCAGUGUAACUCAAACCUUUCAUAAAGAUUUAUGCUCAACUCAGUGUGA